AAUAACAAAACCACCUCUACAAGAACCUUCUCGAACGUUACUCAAAUAAAAGGGCCAAUCUCAACAGCCGAAGCCACAGCCAUUCAAUCACAAACAUCACAAAGCUCUUGUUUUCGAACGCUUCACCACGGCCCAAUCUCUACACGGCUCGUCUUCAAUUUAGGUGUGGUUUGUUGUAAUAGGAGAGAGAAGAAUGAGGGGGAGAAGCUACAGUUACAGCCCUUCACCGCCGAGGGGUUACAGCAGACGACGUCGUAGCCCUAGCCCUAGAGGCCGCUAUGGAGGAGGCCGUGCUAGGGAUCUUCCCACCAGUCUUUUGGUUCGCAAUCUUCGCCAUGACUGCCGGCCUGAGGAUUUACGUGGGCCCUUCGGGCAAUUUGGUCCCCUCAAGGACAUCUACUUGCCUAGGGAUUAUUAUACUGGGGAUCCACGUGGCUUUGGAUUUGUUCAGUUUGUAGACCCUGCUGAUGCUGAAGAUGCCAAGUACCAUAUGGAUGGGCAAAUUCUUCUUGGGCGGGAAUUGACAGUUGUAUUUGCUGAGGAGAAUAGGAAGAAACCCUCGGAAAUGAGGGCAAGAGACCGGGGUCAGUCAUAUGACAGCAGGCGGAGCAUUUAUUCUCGUUCACCACGCUAUGCUCGAACCUACUCUCGAAGUCCAGGUUAUUAUUCACCCUCCCCUAGGAGAAGGCGGUACUCAAGGUCGAUUUCACCAAGAGGUAGGAGGUACCGGGAGCGAUCGUACUCAAGGUCUCCCUUUGGUUCAAGGAGCCGCAGCCGAAGUCGGAGCUAUAGCAGGAGCCGCAGUCGGAGCCUGGACUACUCUCGCUAGUGUACUUGAUAGAGUGACUUCCUGAUCAAGAGCUAGAAAUCUUUAGUUAGAAUUCGUGAUAUGAAUAAAUAUUGGUACCCUGGUAGAUGUAUGUCCUGGUAUUCUAGUCCUGUUUGUUCAAACUUGUUUUAUGAUGAUCAACUUGUUCUGUUUGAAUCGUCCUAUGGUCUUGUAAUGAAUAUUAUUUUAGAAAUUACUAAAUCACAGUCGGCUCGAAUUUGCCUUCAAAGUUAA